CGUGGGCCGCGGGGCGGGGCCAGGGCGGGUGCGCGGCGGCGGCGGGGUGGCUGGGCCGGCGGCGGCGGCGGUACGAGGCGCGCGCUCGGGGUCCCGGUCGCGAGGAGGAGGAGGAUGUGGCGCGCGGAGGGGAAAUGGCUGCCGAAAACAAGCCGGAAGAGCGUUUCCCAAAGUGUAUUCUGCGGAACUAGCACCUACUGUGUUCUCAACACCGUGCCGCCUCUAGAAGAUGAUCAUGGGAACAGCAAUAGUAGUCAUGUAAAAAUCUUUUUACCGAAAAAGCUGCUUGAAUGUCUGCCGAAAUGUUCAAGUUUACCCAAAGAGAGGCACCGUUGGAACACUAACGAGGAGAUCGCGGCUUACUUGAUCACGUUCGAGAAGCACGAGGAAUGGCUGACCACGUCCCCCAAGACCAGGCCGCAGAAUGGCUCCAUGAUCCUCUACAACAGGAAGAAGGUGAAGUACCGGAAGGACGGCUACUGCUGGAAGAAGCGGAAGGACGGGAAGACCACGCGCGAGGACCACAUGAAGCUGAAGGUGCAGGGCGUGGAGUGCUUGUACGGCUGCUAUGUCCAUUCCUCCAUCAUCCCCACCUUCCACCGGAGGUGCUACUGGCUCCUUCAGAACCCCGACAUCGUGCUGGUGCACUACCUGAACGUCCCGGCCAUCGAGGACUGCGGCAAGCCGUGCGGACCCAUCCUCUGCUCCAUCAACACCGACAAGAAGGAGUGGGCGAAAUGGACCAAGGAGGAGCUCAUCGGGCAGCUGAAGCCCAUGUUCCACGGCAUCAAGUGGACCUGCACGAACGGCGGCAGCAGCUCGGGCUUCUCGGUGGAGCAGCUGGUGCAGCAGAUCCUGGACAGCCACCAGAGCAAGCCGCAGCCCCGCACGCACAACUGCCUCUGCACCGGCAGCCUGGGAGCAGGCAGCAGUGUGCACCACAAAUGCAACAGUGCCAAACACCGGAUCAUCUCGCCGAAGGUGGAGCCGCGGGCGGGGGGCUACGGGGGCCACGCAGAGGUGCAGCACAAUGACGUGUCGGAAGGCCGGCACGAGCCGGGCCACGGCAAGGGCCGCGAGAAGAGGAACGGCAAAGUGGCCAAGCCCGCGCUGCUGCACCAGAACAGCACCGAGGUGUCGUCCACCAACCAGGUGGAGGUGCCUGACACCACGCAGAGCUCCCCGGUGUCCAUCAGCAGCGGCCUCAACAGCGACCCGGACAUGGUGGACAGCCCCGUGGUCACCGGCGUGUCCAGCAUGGCCGUGGCCUCCGUGAUGGGCAGCCUGUCGCAGAGCGCCACCGUGUUCAUGUCGGAGGUGACCAGCGAGGCCGUGUACACCAUGUCCCCCACCGCCGGCCCCAACCACCACCUCCUGUCGGCCGAGGCCUCGCAGGGCCUCGUCCUGGCCGUGAGCUCCGACGGCCACAAGUUCGCCUUCCCCACCUCGGGCAGCUCGGAGAGCCUGUCCAUGCUGUCCACCAACGUGUCCGAGGAGCUGGUCCUCUCCACCACCCUGGACGGGGGCCGGAAGAUCCCGGAGACCACCAUGAACUUCGACCCCGACUGUUUCCUCAACAACCCCAAGCAGGGCCAGACGUACGGGGGCGGGGGCCUGAAGGCCGAGCUGGGGGCCCCGAGCGUCCGGCACUCGCCGCCCGUGGACAGGGGCUUCGGCUUCUCCGCCGUCCUCGCCAAGGAGAUCAAGACGGAGGACACGUCGUUCGAGCAGCAGCUGGCCCGGGACAGCUACCCCCCCUCGACGGCCGCGGCGGCGUCCAGCUCCCUCACGCUGACGGCCGGCUCGGGCCUGCUGCCGUCGGGGGGCGGCCUGAGCCCCAGCACCACGCUGGAGCAGAUGGACUUCAGCGCCAUCGACUCCAACAAGGACUACGCGUCCGGCUUCAGCCAGCCGGGCCACAGCCCGCACGUGCACCAGACGCCCUCCCCCAGCUUCUUCCUGCAGGACGCCAGCAAGCCCCUCCCCCUUGAGCAGGGCGCCCACGGCGGGCUGGCUGACUCGGGGGGCACCUUCGUGAUGCCCACGGUGAAGACGGAGGCCUCGUCGCAGACCAGCUCCUGCAGCGGGCACGGGGAGUCGCGGCUGGAGUCGGGCUCCUCCCUCCACCUCAUGCAGUUCCAGGCCAACUUCCAGGCCCUGCCGGCGGCGGAAGGGGAGGUCACCAUGGAGACCUCGCAGGCGGCCGAGGGGGGCGAGGGGCUGCUCAAGUCGGGGGGGCUGCAGGCCUGCGGCUCGGAGCACUACCUGCAGCCCGAGACGCCGGGCGUGAUCCGCAGCGCGGGGGGCGUGCCCGUGCUCCCCGGGGGCGUGGUGCAGGGGCUGUACCCCGUGGCCCAGCCGGGCCUGGGCCACGCGUCCAACAUGGAGCUCAGCCUGGACCACUUCGACAUCUCCUUCAGCAACCAGUUCUCCGACCUGAUCAACGACUUCAUCUCCGUGGAGGGCGGCGGCGGCUCCCUGUACGGGCACCAGCUGGUGGCCGGGGACGGCGCGGCGCUGUCGCAGGCGGAGGACGGCGCGCGCGCGCCCUUCGCGCAGGCCGAGAUGUGCAUCCCCUGCUGCAGCCCCCCGCAGGGGCCGCUGGCCGGGGCGGACGCCGGCGCGGGCACCAUGGCCUACAUGCACGUGGCCGAGGUGGUGUCGGCCGCGUCCGCGCAGGGCGCCCUGAGCAUGCUGCAGGCCGGACGCGUGUUCAUGGUCACCGACUACUCCCCCGAGUGGUCGUACCCCGAGGGCGGAGUGAAGGUCCUGAUCACGGGCCCCUGGCAGGAGGCGGGCAGCAACUACAGCUGCCUGUUCGACCACGCCUCGGUGCCCGCCUCCCUCAUCCAGCCCGGGGUGCUGCGCUGCUACUGCCCAGCCCACGACACGGGCCUCGUGACCCUACAAGUUGCCUUCAACAACCAGAUCAUCUCCAACUCGGUGGUGUUCGAGUACAAGGCGCGGGCGCUGCCCACGCUCCCGUCGUCUCAGCAUGACUGGCUGUCCCUGGACGAUAACCAGUUCAGGAUGUCCAUCCUGGAGCGCCUGGAGCAGAUGGAGCGGCGGAUGGCCGAGAUGACGGGGGCCCAGCAGCACAAGCAGGGCGGCGGCGGCACGGGCGGCGGCACGGCGGGAAACCAGGCCCAGUGCGCCUCCGCCCCGGGGCCCCUGGGAAGCUGCUUCGAGAGCCGCGUGGUGAUGGUGUGCGAGAAGAUGAUGAGCCGCGCCUGCUGGGCCAAGGCCAAGCACCUGAUCCACUCCAAGACCUUCCGCGGCAUGACGCUGCUGCACCUGGCGGCCGCCCAGGGCUACGCCACCCUCAUCCAGACGCUCAUCAAGUGGCGCACAAAGCACGCGGACAGCAUCGACCUGGAGCUGGAAGUGGACCCCCUCAACGUCGACCACUUCUCCUGCACGCCGCUGAUGUGGGCCUGCGCGCUCGGGCACCUGGAGGCGGCCGUGGUGCUGUACAAGUGGGACCGCCGAGCCAUCUCGAUCCCCGACUCCCUGGGGCGGCUGCCGCUGGGCAUCGCCCGCUCCCGCGGCCACGUGCGGCUGGCCGAGUGCCUGGAGCACCUGCAGCGCGACGAGCAGACGCCGCUGGGGCCCGACCCCCGGGUGCGCAGCCCGGCCCGCGAGGGGCCCGCCGCCGACAGCUGGGUGGCCCAGUGGCACGGCGACGGCAUCGCCUCCCCGGAGAUGCCCAAGGGCGUCACGGUCAUCGCCAGCACCAACCCAGGGCAGGUGGCCGGCAGUGCGAAGGGGACCAGCGUGGGCAAGGAGGCGGCCCCGGCGGCGGCGCGGCCGCGGGAGCCGGUCAGCGUGCUGAUGAUGGCCAGCAGGGAGGUGAAGGCCGAGCUGGGCGCCAGCCGCGAGGGCGCCCCGGGCGAGGGCGAGGCGUGUGCACAGCCCAUGGACGACAUCCAGGUGAACAUGAUCACGCUGGCGGAGCACAUCAUCGAGGCCACCCCCGAGCGCAUCAAGCAGGAGCCCUUCGUGCCCCUGGAGCCCGCGGGCCCCGAGCGGACGGACAGCCCCGCCGUGGGCAGCACCAUGAGCUGGCUGGCCAGUUACCUCGCAGACGUCGACCACCUGCCCGGCACUGCCCAGAUCAGCACCCUGAGCCCCGUCGGCUCUUCGGUCAGUGGGAUGGCCUUCGAGAAGCCCAGCCUCCCGUCGGCCGCCGACUGGUCAGAGUUCCUGAGUGCGUCCACCAGCGAGAAGGUGGAGAACGAGUUUGCUCAGCUCACUCUGUCGGACCACGAGCAGCGAGAGCUCUACGAGGCUGCCAGGCUGGUCCAAACGGCGUUCCGGAAAUACAAGGGCCGGCCCCUGCGGGAGCAGCAGGAAGUGGCGGCUGCCGUGAUCCAGCGCUGUUACCGGAAGUACAAGCAGCUGACAUGGAUAGCCCUGAAGUACGCGCUGUACAAGAAGAUGACGCAGGCGGCCAUCCUGAUCCAGAGCAAGUUCCGCAGCUACUACGAGCAGAAGAAGUUCCAGCAGAGCCGGCGCGCGGCCGUGCUCAUCCAGAAGUUCUACCGAAGCUACAAGAAGUGCGGGCGGCGGCGGCAGGCCCGGCGGACGGCGGUCAUCGUGCAGCAGAAGCUCAGGAGCAGUUUGCUCACCAAGAAGCAGGACCAGGCCGCCCGGAAGAUCAUGAGGUUUCUGCGCCGCUGCCGCCACAGCCCCCUGGCGGACCAUAGGCUGUACCGAAGGGAAAUGGCUCUCUUGGGAAUUCAGUGGUGUGUGUUACACAGCAGACAACGUGCUCUGUGUCUUUCUUACUGGGCCUCUCUGUCUGUCUUGUUUUGCAACCCAAAUGAGAUUUCUGGAAAAUGGCACGGUCUCCCCUUGUCCAAAUUCCCCACGAGCUGUCGCAGCUCUCAGAGCCACAGAGUGAAAGAAUUGAAAAAGGCCAAGGAACUUGAAGACAUACAGCAGCAUCACUUAGCAAUGUGACAUUGCUUUUCAGACUGUUUUCAUUUCCGUUUUUAGCAGAGACAUGCAACAACCACACACACACACGCACACAUGUGCACGCACUCAACACGCGCACACACACACACACGCACACACAAUCCCUCUGCAGUUUUGGGGAGAUCAGCUGCAGGAUUUUAACAGGAAUGUUGGGUCAUUGCAUUUGCACUUUCAUGGACAACUUUUAAUUUGAUCAGCAAGACAUAUUGGAACUCAAUCUUCUGUUGAAUCGUGGGAAAGCAGGGCACCAGGAGGCAGAGAAAGAGGCUUCGUCUGCUUGGGAAGAAGCCGUUUUCCUUCUCAUAUAGGGCUGCAUUCAAACAUCGUGUGGAACUGUACAAACCUUUAUACCAAAAAAAAAAAAAAAACAGAAGUGAGGGCGGGCUGGCUGUGCUCGGCGCACGCCCACGCCUGCCCGUUCUUUCCAAGAAGCUGAAUCUUUGGGAUGGAGUUCCGGUGGAGGGUCUAGACCAUACCAACCUGUAUGGGUCUGCGUGUUCUCAUUUCCUUCACUGUUUUCUCGCUUUCUUUCGUCCGUCUGUCUGUUUCGGUUUGAACCUCUACAGCACAUUUGAUGCAGCUUUGAAAAUCUGCAGGUUUUUAAUGUCUUGUGGAAAUUUGCAGAGGGGUGGGUGUGUGGUCAACGGGUAAUGCAUGGGGAAUAGAGAACAGCGUACAGAGUUUACAUUUCUUUUCUGGUUCCCACCCCUUCAGCCCCCCCCCCGCCCCCAACCCUGAGCGUACAGACACCAUCGACUCCCUCUGCUCAUCUUCAGCACUUUAAUUUUUUUGCCUUACUUCCACGUGCAAUGAGAAUUACUUAGAGAAUUGGAGAAGCAUGAAGCUUUUUUAGUAGCCUCGGAAACUGUAAUCAUACUAAGGAACCAUAUACCUUGCCUGGGCAUUUGCCAAGUUAACAUCAGUGCGGUGCUGUGUUCCGGCCAGUAAAUCCCGUAUUGUUGGCUAAAAUUUCAUCCAAAUGGAGCAGUUUCUGUGUAUAUAUAGAAGGUAGAAAUGGAAAGUGAGAAAAUAUUUGAAAGGGAUUAUAUUAAUUGCUAAAUAUUUUAUUCACAAAGGUCGAUAAACAUGGCAAGAUAAAAUUAUUUGUAUAGUUUUGUCUGAGCGAAAAAAAUGUGGAUGUAUUGUUUGUACAUAUUGUAUAUAUUAAAACAAAGAGAUAUGUGCAUGAAAACCAAGACAAAAGAAAUGAACAAAGCAAAGCAUUAGUGGCUAUGGUCUGUAAAAUGAAACAAACAAACAAAAAAAAAACCUUUAUUUCACUAUAAGAGUACUUUAUUUUAAAUGUUCUUUAGAAGAACAUUUUGCUAAAGCAUGAUUAAACUGCAAAAAAAAAAGAGCUACUGUAUUUAGACUUAGGAAAAAAGGCAGAGUAACAUUACUUUAAAAAAAAAGGAUAUGUUUACAUUUAAUUUUGGCUACCAGGAGUUUAUUUUAUUCUAUUUACAAUUUUUUUGCCAAUGGUGCCAAGUAAUGUGAAUGCUAAUACUGCUUAAGAAAAUUAAGUUCCUUUUGCUAAACAGAUAAUCAUUAAGAUGAAUCAGUAUAUAGCUUAAAUGCCAUCCACUCACUCCAACAAAGAACACUUUAGAACGAUCCAAACCAAACAGAACAGGAUCGGUACGACAAGUAGAAAAAUGUCUCACGUUUUCAUAUCUCCUGCUGACACUCAGAAUAGAACCUGAAAAUUGCAUACAAACCCUACAACAUUCAAGAGAAGCCACUGAUGGAGGGCCGCCAGCAAGAAUCAGGGCUGCCCCGUCUCGGGGAGCCGAAGAGGGGGGAUGAUUUGGGGGGGGAAAAAAAAAGUAACCGAGAGAAUCCAACCGCUCGUGUCAAACGGACAGAAUCCAGGUAGCAUCUGCUGAUGCCAGUCUGAAAUUCCCAGGUUAGGGUUCGGGAUCAGUUGGGAAGUGAAGUUGCAAGACGAGGUUCUUGGUUCUGGCUGUAAGUCCAAUACAAGGCUCUUGGCGAAGCUUCCAGCUUUCCGACUGGUGUCUUUCGAAGGAAGGUGGAUCAUAAGAAACAAGGAAACAAACAAACAAAAGAUUGUGGUCAAAACUGGGGGUCAGUGCUCUUGGUGCCUUUUCUAUAAUCGUACUUGUUUUUAAAUUCCUUUCACUGCCAACCUCGAAUGACCCUACGCUCUGGUCUUCUGCAGCCUGGCGCGCGGGGCGGCCCGCGGCCCGUAAGCCAUCUGUACCUUUGUAAAGUGACCUGACUUCCGUUCUGUUUGUAAACGUGUGGGUUAGGUUGCAGCUGUUUGCAGUCCCCUACCCCACCCCAAGCCCCUGUCACUUUUCCACGAUCUGACCCGAGAGAGGACGACACUGAGUAAUUUACAAACACGGAAUUGCACUCACAAAAACGGGACGUGAAGGUGAAAAGCCAGCUCGCUCUUUGUGAGCACGAAGGGCUGUUCUUUGGACAAGGAUAAUGACCUCAGUGGAUUUGCUUUAACCCUCACAUCGUUUUGUUUUUGUUUUUUUUUUGUUCUUUGUUUUUUUUCUUUUUUUAAUUUUCUGGGGGUUCUUUCCUUUUGAAUGUGUCACACGCUACAUUAUUAGCUGAGUACGUUAGAAAAUUCUGGAAGGGAAAAAAAAAAAAGACUAACCUAGAUGGGGGAGGGUCCUGAGGGAGGGGAGAAAGAAGUAGGUUCCAGACCUACCCAUGAAACCUACUAGUACAGCUGUGAAUUCCCAGGUGAGGGCAGGGGGCCCGUGAGCGCCUUUUCUGGGUUGUGACUGUUCAUUUUGAAUAGAAGCUGAGAGGCGAACAGCUUUUUUUGGAUAAUCUGAAUUCCCAAGUGCCAGGAGUAGGAUUUCAUUCGAAUUUCAAAAAUGACUCGCUAAUCUUCUUCUGUCUCCUGAAGUUGUCAUUGCUCUUCCUGUCACCCAUUUGAAAUCAGCUGUUAACUGUGUGAGCGAAUCCAAGACAUCAGCCCCUCUCUGCCUCUGGCUGCACGGUCCCUUCUGGCAGCACCACAGUCGUCGGCGCCCGACGGGGGGUCCCUGAGACUUGCAUGUGAAACUAGUCUAGAUGUCUUCUUUUUUGUAAGUUUUAUUUUUGUAAUUGUGCAUGUGAAGCAUCAUUGAAUCAAUGGAUCUGUCGAAGAACUCAGCUGCUGGAACCCAUGCAAAAUGUUUUGAAUUGCCCUUAAACUAUGGAAAAUGUUUUCUGAAUGCUUUAUAUUCUUUCUGCUGUAAAUUAAAAAUGAAGAAAAUUUCCCCAUA